AUGGAGAAGGCACACAGUGAUAAAAACAAUGAUCCUAGACCGCAAGAGCCCGAGGAUGUGCCACGGGUGCGAAAUAUGCUGCUGCGUUCGAUGUGCGCCGUUUACCUAAUGGCAUUCGUUAGCUUCUAUUGUGAAGCAGAAGGGCUGUAUGGAGACGCGGGAAUUCUACCAGCGGGUCGUGUCCUGGCGAACGGGACACUUAAAGAGCGACUGAGCCUGCUGCAACUCGGUCCGUUCAUUGGACUAGGAAACGGCCACGAGGCGAUCGAUCUGUUGUGUCUCGUGGGCGCGACCGUCGCAUUCCUAGGACUCGUCACCAGGACCCACUGCCGGUUGCUCAGCUUCAUCGUGAUGUGGUCGGUGUAUUUCUCGCUGGUUCAGAUCGCGCAAUCCUUCCGUCAGCAAGCCGACCACCUGCUGCUGGAGGCUGGCUUCCUUUGCAUAUUGCUUGCUCCCGCCCGACUAUCGGACGCUCGCCAUCCCAUGGAGGACAUCGCGUUGCUUCUGCUGAAAUGGCUCGUGUUCCGGUUCAUGUUUGCGUCCGGUUCGGUGAAACUGGCUAGUGGGUGUCCGCUCUGGUGGUCGCUGGAUGGGCUGAAACAGCACUACGAAACGAUGCCGUUGCCAACGUCGUACAGCUGGUACACCUACCAGUUGCCGGAUGCGUUCCACAAGCUCAGCACGAUCUACGUGUACCUAAGUGAGCUCGUCUGCACGUGGUUGUUCUUCGCUCCGAGCAAAGCCGUCCGCCGAUUCGCUCUCGGUUGGCACGUAUUCCUCCAUCUGAACAUUAUCGGCUGUGGCAAUUAUGGAUUUUUAUCCCCAUUCGUGGUAACGCUACUCCUAACGCUGCUAGACGACGAGGACGAGCUGCUGGUGUGGCUCCAGGAUCGCUUGUUUGCCGAUGGAUCCCGACGUCGCCCGGCGCGUGUACGCGGUCGCAAUCAGCAGGAUGCCACGGAUGGUGAUCGCAACGGAGGACACCUUGUGAAGGCGAUCACUUUGCUCAUGGUCGUUGGGUCGUGGGUUUGCUUCAGCAUCGGCUUCUCGGAUGGCGGCCAGCUGACAGUUAAGCCAUCCUUCACGAAGGACCAGUACCUGAACGUCAUGCAAGCGAUGAUACGCGCCGCUCCGUUGCUCGUACUCGUUCUGCUGGUGCGAAGAUUCCUCAAGCUGCUCGCCUCCCAGGACAGCGUGGGCAGCUUGGCUGAUGGCAUGAGGCAGUUCUCGAAGAAUCUCGGUCUGCUAAUUUCCACCAUCGUCGCGUUCACGGUGUUCUUCAUGUCGAUCGUGCCACACUCGCGGUUGUUACCAAACACCGCUAUUUCAUCACCUCUGAUGACCCGCGCAUACGGUGGCCUACACAGCCUGUACGUUGUCAACCAAUACGGCCGGCACCUGACAAAGAUGCGACCGAUGCGCCGGGAGCUCAUCCUCGAGUAUGCGGAUGACGUGAACAGCACGGAAUGGCACGAAUACGGCUUCCAGUACAAACCGUGGACACUCGAACGUGGCUCAUCCUUGCCGUAUGCGUGGCUGCAUUUCCCGCGAUUCGAUUUUAAAUUCUACGACGCUUCCGGCUCGAAAAUCGAUGCACAAAAGUGGAUGUACCCCAUGGUACUGAGGCUGCUGCAGCAUGAACCUGCCGUGCUGGAUCUGCUCAACCCGCGUCACGUUCCAUCGACGACACCGAAGCAUAUCCGGGUGUCACUGUACCGGUUCGCGUACACCUCGUUCUCGGAUGGCGGGUUUUGGUCACGGGAACGCCUCAGCGAUUACUUCAGCGUAUUUUCGCUUGACGACGCACAUCUGCAGGAGAAGCUGAAGCAGAUGCAGUACCGAACGACGACUGAACCAUCGGGAGCUUCGUGGAACUGGCUGCUCCGUUGUCUGUUGGAUGCCGUUCGACGGUUCGUCGGUGCCAUCGAGGGAAGCUACCUGCUGACGGGAUUGUUCGUGGCCGCUGGUAUGCUUAUCUACACCCAGCAGCAGCAGCAGCAGCAUAGAACUGGACAAUCCACUUAGUAGCCCUCCUAAGAGGGAUUCUCACGCGCACGCAAGAAAAAAAACCCAUUGUCAAUUGUAGUCAAAUUAAUGCAAAAUCUAUGCAAUAUACGCACUGAAGGAGUAUUCAUCUCGCUGCACGAUUGCGCACGAAUUUUCUCCUCCCGAUCGAUGCAAUUCCCGCCCUAUUGGGACGUUAUUGUUACCGGUUCUUUUUGUUCCACAUCACCGCCAUUUUCAUUUCUUAUAAGCUCGUCCUUUUUGCACGUCAGCGGCAAAUAAAUAGACUCACAA